CACGACGCACGACGGUCACUCGCACUCGCAUCCCAACCCGGACGCUCCGCCGUUCGACGUACCCGCGCGCAAUUUAUAUUUCGCGGGCUCGGGAGGCGUGGCCCCGGCCGCCGCGCCGCGCCAUUGGCCGUCAUCAAUUCGAUCGGGCGGGGUUUGCGAUAUUUGAUUGAAGUGCAGCUACCCGCUCCGACUCGCCCGCAGACCCACCCGGCGCGCGCUCCGUGAUUUAUCCCCCGUUCCGCUCCGCUGCCAAAAGUUCCCCCGCCCGCGUUCCGACCGCCGAAACUCGCCGAGCGCGUUCCCUCGCUUUUUCCCGCUAAUUGUUUACCUCCAGUGUUCGCUCCGCGACUCGGCAUAUUUUCCCCUCUCGCUCACCUCUUGUUUUUUUACACUUUUUUUUCGCGCCGCGUUUUCCCGCCAAAUCCCGAAAGUUGUGCGCGACCUUGAGCUUUUCGUGACUUUGACGAUUUUGGUGGUGUUCGCCAGGAAGUUCCCAGGAUUAUUCUGCUUGCAAGUGCGUCUAAGUGUUUGUUGGUGGAGUGCGGCACUCGAGUUGGUGGGUUUAAUUGGCGGAGAAAUACGACGCGAUGAGAGUCGGCACCAAAAUGAAAAGACGCGCGAGCUGAGACAGUUUUCCCGCUAAUUAUAUCCGCUGCGAUUAUUCUCAGUCGGCCGCGGGGUUGGAUUUACCGCCGUGAAAUGUACUCUGCGCGUCUUUUAAUGGAUUAGGUUUUGUUCUAAUGAAUUUAUGGCCCAUUGCGCCGCGUCGUUUUGAUUCUCAGUGUUUCUGAUAGAAUUAAAGGGAAUUAAUCUUGGUGACCCGUCCGUUCCAUGCGCGAGUUUUUUUGUUCUUUCGAAGUGGUACAAGUAAAUGGGUUUGUGCUUCACGUAUGAACGCUGUGUGAGUGACGUUAAGAGGGUUUGAGGUUAUGUAUCAAAGUGCAACGUAUCCACCUACAGUGGGUUAUCAAGCUGUCAAUUGGCAUUCCCAGUGCUAUCCUCAAAAGGAUGAGUUUCAUCCGUUCAUUGAGGCGCUGUUGCCGUUCGUUAAGUCUUUCUCGUACACGUGGUUCAAUCUGCAAGCUGCCAAGCGAAAAUACUUCAAAAAGCAUGAAAAACGCAUGUCACUCGAGGAGGAGAGACGCUGCAAGGAAGAGCUAAUGAAUGAAAAAGUAGAGGUUAAGCAAAAGUGGGCGUCCCGACUUUUAGGCAAACUACGGAAAGAUAUCACGCAAGAGUGCAGGGAGGAUUUUGUUCUCUGUAUCACCGGCAAGAAACAGCCGAUGUGUGUUCUUUCCAAUCCAGACCAAAAAGGCAAAAUGCGAAGAAUAGAUUGCCUUAGACAAGCCGACAAGGUUUGGCGGCUGGACUUAGUAAUGGUUAUUUUAUUUAAAGCAAUCCCUUUAGAAAGUACAGAUGGAGAGCGGUUAGAAAAGUCUCCUGAUUGUUCUCAUCCUAGUCUAUGCGUGAAUCCCUACCAUAUAAACGUAUCAGUCAGGGAGCUCGAUCUCUAUUUAGCCAACUUUAUUAACAGCCACGAGAUGUUAAGUGGUCUUUGUGAUAAUAACAAUGAAAAAGGGUACUCUCAUAAUCCUUAUAAUGGCGUCGUCUGCAAUGACACAAUAUUAGCCACAGGAGUUUUUUCAUCCAAAGAGCUAUGGCGACUGUCAAAAGCGUCAAUUGUCCAUAAUCCGAACGGUAUGCAGCCGGCAAUAAAUGUAAUAAAAAUAGAGAACCCCGGUUAUUACUGUAACAGCUACACUCCACCAGCACCCGACCACACCACGCUAAUGACACCCGGGGGCUACAGUCCGUUGACGCUACCCCGGAGUACGGGGAGCCCCGGGGAGGAACCGCGGGUGAAGCGAAUGCGACGCAUGAGUUCAGCCGAAGAGGAAAUGGAGCUUGGGCGGGAAACGAAACCGGAAGUGGCCUACUACGGCCAGAGCCCUGCCUCCCUCUCCAGCCAGACCAGCUGGCACUCGGAUGUUGAGCAUGGUUUACCGCCUCAGCAUACGAGUGUGGCGUCUUUGGCAACUGUAAACUACUACACUCAGUCCGCUCCUGGUCCUGAGGCUGGCGCUCAACAUAGUCCUACCAAGUAUCCGGAAAACGGUCAUGACACCCUUUCCGAUUUUGUAACGUUCGUCUGCCAAGAGGCAGAAAAUACUCAAGGUGCUCAGGCUGGACCCUCAAGAAGUCCAACCAAAUUAUCUCAAUACUACCCUAGUUCAAUGUUGCCUCCCCCACCUCCACCUCCAAUGGCCCGUCCUGUUGCGAUAAUACGGUCAACGGGUAAUUUCAAUGGCGAGUUGACAGUUUCCAUGGCAAACUCCCCUCCCCCGCCGACCUCGAUCACACCCCCCGUGAACGAAUCCUCGCCGGGGGAGAUCAGUCGGAACAGCCCGCCGGUGGCCGGGGCCCAGGGCGGGCCGGACUCCGGACGAGCGGUGGUCAGCAGUCCCUUCACCGUGACUUCACGGGAGUACCACUUCUCGCACCUGCACAGUCAGCCCGGGCAGCUGUUCAGUUAUCCUAGUAUAAAUCCUGUUAGUGCAAUGUCAGGCGUGAUUAGUCCGACGAAUUUGAGCUUGUUUUCGACUCCGAUCACUGUGACCUCCCCCCGGAGCAACCCCCGGCAUCCCCCUCCGAGUUUGCCCCGGUGGAACCCGUCGGCGCCCUCCGGCUCGGCGCCGUUUAUUAGCCUCGACGAGGACUACAUGAUGACGCCCCUUAUUUCCGCAACUAGUGCUGACAACUCAUCCACUGGACUAAUGGACGAUGAGCGGUACUUUACAACUGUAGUGCACACUAGUGACGGAAUGGACACGAGUCAUUCUCUCGGAGGACCAGCUUCGAACGGCUCCAGUGGGAACCACACCCCUCCCUCCUCCCGAUCCGGCCACUCGCCAGUAUCCACCCCCAUCAAAACGCAGCCCCCAUAGUCUGCACCUCCCUCACCGCUCUGAAGGCUCCGUGAUUUUCAGCUGGGUCCCACCUGCUCUAACGUACUUUUGUAACUACUAGGACACAAGUAUGAAUACUAGAUGAAUUUCGUGCCAAAAGUUAGGUGUAUUUUGUAACUUAUUUUUACUUAAGUGAAUUAUUUUCCUAGUUAAAUUAUCCAAUUAGUUCCUUUUGUUCACUUGCUUUGUUUCAAAAUAUUUCUUAUUUCCGAAGUCGCCGCUUGAAGCGGGGCUCUUCUUGGGUAUCUCACAAAACUUUCGAAUGCCACGGGCCGUAUUUGGGGCUCUUUUUAGGUAUCUCACAAAACUUUCGAGCGCCAAGGGCCGUAUGUGGUUUUCUUUUGUAAAACGUUAGGUUUUUUUCGCACAUGAAUUUCUUUGAACAGUAUUGAAGUUAAUGAACCGUGAACACACCCAGAAAGAGUAACUAGCUAAUUAAAUCUCGCGUGUAUGUUUUAUUUUAUUUUUUCCUGUUGAUUUUCUUCAUUAGUGAGUAUAUUUCUGAAUUUUAAUUCUUGAAGCUGCAAAAUCUUCAUUCGAUGAAGGAAUACGUGGAAGUAAUAGCGGGUCUGAUGAGAGGUACGUUUAUACUUUUCUUCUUAAAUUUGAAGAUUGAUGAAAUGUUUGAUCUUACUUAAUAUAUAUGAAUUUAUAGAAAAAUUGGUUCUGAAAAGAAUUCAAAACGUCCUCUCAUUGCCUAUCUUAGUCAAUCAGCAAGUCGUUAAGUUUUGAAAUUUUCGUUUCAAAUUAAUUUUUUCUACAACGACAGGCAUGUUAAAUGAUGAGUAUCAAGUGACUCUUAUCCAGGCCAUUUCUUUUUCGAUUGCAACCGAAACGAUGUGUACGGUUUUGUUGGUGAACUUUUGGAAGAAACCUUCAUGCUAAGAUUCAACGUCAUCUUUUAUACUAUUAGACAGAUACGCUAUAAAAAUUAUAAGCCGAAUCGAGCUUGGUACAUCCUCCUAAAGUCGCAGUUCUUUUGAAACUCGUAGUCCAAUUUCUAUUUUUGACCCGGACUGAAAAUGGUGCAGAGUUUUGAACCCUACCUGUGGCAUAAGUUACCCUUUAAAGUUUUCCUUGCCCAAAUUAUGGGUAACUUACAACAUGGCGUACCUAUAUUAGCGCACCGACAUUGAACAGCAGUCUCAUGAAUUAACUUUUAUAAAGUUUUGUUCAAAUCCCUGAACAGAGAAAGACUGAUGUUAUUGUAAUAAAUUAACAACAAGUAAUAAAUGUGUGUUAGGUUAUGUCACAACAUGUUUGAACAAGUAAUGUUAUAAACAAGAUCCAUAAUAUUGCCUGAAGUUUGGUUCAACAAAAAACUUUCCACUGGAAGGUAGCCCACUCACCCUAUAUUGUCCGCCAUUAGAGUGGCCUUGACCUAUAUUACUGAAAUAUUUAAAAAUGUUUAGCUUAUUUGAGUUCAUGUACCUGAUCCUUACGCAGAUUUUCCCUCUUUUAUAAUUUAAGGCUUCUAAGACCUUGUAAGUAUUGCAUUUUUGCAAUUUUAUAGGAGUAAUGAUUUUUCCUUGUUCCUUUUGUUAUCUUUUGUUUUUAACUCUGCACUUUGCUUUCUAUACAUUAUUUUUUCUACCAAUUGGGUUUUGAUUCUCAAACAUAGUCCAACUGAGAAUACGUUGUAUAAAAUUAAUUGAGAUCCCCUCCCCAGUAAUACGAUUUACGGCUGUUUACACCACCCGUAAACAGCAAAAAUGCGGAGGUACAAACUAUGUAUGGGUGCCACUUUUUUCCAUCCAACAACAUAAUAAAAAAAUACUGUCGAAUAUAAUUGCCCUGGCCCGUUCUCAUCCGAAUAAUCUCUGUCUCCCUCAAAAUGCCCCACCAUAUAUUUUUUUUUCAUUCGAACGCAUCCAUCCUAACUGUAUUAUUCCUUGCCGGUGUUUAAUUUUACUUGUAUACAUAAUACAUUUUCCCAUGAAAAUUGUGUCAGAAAAUUUUAAAUGUGUGUGAUUUUUGGUUUAAUUAAAAACAAUUUAUCUUCAACGCUCCUGCUGGUAAAACUAUAACCCUUUCCAAUUCGAAUUUUAAAAAAAUGAACGAAUGAAAGUCAUUAACAGAAAGGGUGAUAGUAAUAAAUAAAUAAAUAGCAGAAUAUAUGUAUUUUAAGGAAAUCAAGUGUCAAAACAUUUUACUCCGUCCAUUUUGUAAAGAGCCACCUCACGCAAUCUGCGUUUCGAAGAAAAUGAAUCAGUAAACCAUUAAGAAAAUGAGACUUUUCCUCAUUGCUCAUCCAUUAAAAUAAUUCUCAGUCAAUUCCUUUGUGAAUGUCACUAUCACGAAAGCUAAAGGCCAGGGGAAAACGGAGAAGAAGGGAUGUAAGAAACCCCAAGCAAACUCACAGAAAUUAUUUACAGGGCUGCUGAGUUAUUUCCUUAAUCUCAUCCUACAAAUCCCUAUUACUUUAAACAUUAAAACAACAAUUAUUAUAAUAUGUUAACUUACAAAUUCUAUGUAAAACUAAUACAUAAACUUAUACGUUACAUAAAUUUUCAUUUUUAUUAUUUCAGCUUUCUAGCUGCCUGAAAGCCAAAAAUCAAAUUCAUCUCUUGAAAAUGCAAGUAAAUCCCGGCAUGCCAACUGAUUCAUGUAUUUGAAAAACAUAAUAACCCAUUUAUAAUUGUUUUUCCUGCAGUUAAAAUGUAGAGAGAAGUUGGGCGUUGUAAAGAAGGCUGAAUAAAAAGUUUUAGAAUAACAGAUAUGGCAUGUUUUUAACUACGAGACUCAAGUUUCUGAAGUUGAUCCUCCAUUGUAAAAGAAGUAUUUUGAAACAACUGUAUUUGAAUAAAACUUAUUUUAUCCCAAGCUAGCAUAAUUCAUUUAGCGGCUUUUGACAUGGCAUUCAAUCUUUCAUAAUUUCUUAGCAUGUACAUUUAAACCAUUGUAUGACUUCUGGAAAAAUAAUUAAUGCAAUACCGCUACUUAUUUUUAUAAAUUGUACAGUUUCAUCAACAUUUUUUUCACUCUAUUUAUGACAUUGCUGUUAUUUUUCUUUUUCCAGUAAUAAUUAGUAGCUCCUUUUUUUGUUGGGUACAUAUGUCACAAUGUUUAUUGUGAUUCAAAUAGAAAAUGUUGUUCUUUACUUAAUUUUUUCUUAGAUAAAUCACGAUUGUUACUCUGCUGAAUGCCUAGCCAGGUUCAGAAUAGAAUUAUGAGUUUUGGGUUUUAAGUUAUAGUUAAUGUAACACUUUUUUAUGUUUAUUCGCCUCUUAAGUAUCGAUGAAUAAUAAAUUUGAUCAAAUGAAUUUGUUUAAAAAAGAAAAGAAAUCAUACAAAA